CGCUCAGUCCAAAUCGCGCAGCUGCCCCCUACAGUUUGGUGCGCGGUUAAUCGAAAACGCACGAAAAUACGCGGAGUUUCAGAUGCGGUGAAAACAUUUCGAUCUUGUUGGUUCGUUGUCGUUUUAGAUAUGAUGAGAGCCAGCAGAAAAAAGGAUCGCAUUGGUAUGCCACGAUGCGAACGGUGGGACAAAAACACGCGUCAUGUUCAAUUGGAUUGUUAUUGACGCGAGGGUUGGUUGCGCGGCCAUGCCAGUCGUCGGGUGAACGUCUUAGUCGGCAGAUGGCGCGGCGUUCGUUUCGGUCCACCCUGCCUGCGCUGGAAUGCCCUCAGCGAGGAGCCUGUCGACGCUGCCGUCUUUCGUGGAGCUUUUUUCCACGCCACGAUCAGGUGACUGGGCCAAGGCCCUUUUUGGACCUUACGACUCGUUUCCUAACCACUAACGGACAUUCGUGAGCGGACGUGUAAUCGCGGAAACGGAUACGAGAAGGCGCCAGCCGGGUGGUCCACUUUACAUGUACGGAGGUGCUGUGUUGUGUUGUGCACCAGAAGGCGGUUCCAGUGCACUCUAUACUUUGAUCAUAUCUCAUCGUUCCAUCUCGCUGUUCGAUAGUGUGAUUCUAUCUGACAUCCUGUGUUACUAGGUUCUAUCUAAGAGCUGUGUUUAAACGAUCGACGAUUAUUAGUCGCAAGAAGAGGACGCGGCAGGCGACCGAGUUAAAGCAGAACACGGGAGUGUCGUCCACCAUUUUGGCUGCGCGAGGUUAUUCGAUGUGUGCACCAUUCUCAUUACACGUUCCCUGUUUUCGUAUUUCGCAUCCAAUUGUAUCGUUCAUGAUGUUAAUCGAAUUGUCGUUCGAAUCGAGAGACGAUCGUAAACAGUGUACGAAGAGAUAAUUCCUCGAAGAUGAUCUCUUAAAAGUUGAUGUUAAAUGGAGCAAGGCGAGGGCUGUUUUUCUGUUAAUCCUCGAUGCUGUCAGCUGGUCAUCUAGAAGUGUGACGGUGAUAAAAAUCGAGAAAAUUCGUGGACGUGGAAUUCGACCUCUGUGCCAUCUUGUAUGUGUUACGAAUGAUCGUACGGGAAGUAAGAAAUGUUUCGAAGAAUAUCGUGAAUCUCUGAAGUAAAUCAUAGUGGAAUAGAACGAUGUCGCUGGAAAGUGGGUUACUAUAAGUGCCGUCCCUGCUGUUGGUGAAAAUUGACGUUCACGGGGAUAUCCUGUGCCUCGUAAUCCUUCAUCUUACACACUCGUUUACUCUCUGCUGCUUAUCGCGUGAAUACUGACGAAUUCGCGUAGAUAAUUUUAGUGCAGCUGAUCAGGAACGACGUGUCUGAGGGAGUCAGCCUGUGUGAAGGAUCUCGAGUGCUAUUAACCUCGUUUCGUGGCCACCUCGCGGCGGAACGAUUCUCGUUUCGCGAUUUUUCUCUGGACUUACGUUCUCGAGGUGCGCGUUUUAACGUGAUGGGAGAUGGGCGGCGCGAUUAACGACCAGGAACCUGCGGUGGGGCGAGUACAGGAAUCGUGGCGUUCGGACACGAUCUACAUAGCAGAGAUAAACAGUGGCGGAGGGAAUGGUGAAGAGAAAAGAAGGAGAGGAUGAACUUGUUAUAAAGCUGCCGCGGACGAGACGAAACGACACGAUGGAGACCAAGUGACUGUAAUAUUCUCUCGAUCUCCUGGAUGGGAUCGUAGGGCGUAGUUUCUAGAUGUAUCGUGCGAUUAUUCGACUGAAGUGAACUGGUUUUUGGUGUGCUCUGCGAUCAGUGCUCCGAGUGUGUGCAGGUUUUUGUCAACGUUUUGACGAGGAUUACGUGUGCUACGCACGUUACAUCGGCACAUCAGAGACAUAAUUCUUGGCAUGCGUAGGCCGAAGGAGGAGGCAGGGGGAGAAUUGAACAGGACCGAGGAGCAUGGCGUAGUGCUCGUUUUGGGGGUUGCUGGGAGAUCAAAGGACGCGAAAGAGGGUCUGGCCGCUCUCGAGCGGUUCGAGAGCCGGUGAGCAUCGCGACGGGGCGAGCAACCCCGUUGCCUCGGCCAACGUCUAACAACCCUCCCGUCUGUCACUGUCGACGAACAACAGAACAGAUGUCCUGACAGCGGGCCCCGGGCCACCAGGAUGCCGACAGACGACGACUAUGGCCGAAGAGAACGUCUCCUACUGCACCAACAUCCGAUCCCUCAAUACGGGUCCUCGUCAUCUCCGGUUCCAGGAUCGAACGCCGGAACGUCCGGAAGUGUCGGUUCCCAGAUCGGUUCCACCAGCUCCUCGGAUUGUUAUAAGCCAACGGCGCAACAACAGCAAACUGAUCUGCGAACAAAUGGAUCGAAUGUCACCGUUGGCCAAGAUCGUUACCAGUCCGAUCAGUCCUCCCAAGGGAACGAGCACGUCGAUUAUGGAGGCCGUGAACGAAUGUCAGGCAUCGAGAGGCAUGACAAAUCAACGGACAAGCCAACGAUCGACGAUUUCCCAAAGUCCUGCGCGGAAACGCGUUCGAUACAGUCAAGUUGCGAGCGAUUCAGCCAUUAUCAGAAUCAAGAGAGAUUCGGUCAGCCCUCUUUGCAAGUCCACCACCAGUAUACCCCAGGGAGAUCGACUGCGUCUGGACAAUCGUUGUCCGGAAACGUGGUUCUGGCCGACCGUUUUCCACGAUUCAACGAACUCACCGGUCUACACGGUGAGCAGAGAUUGUCCUUGGCCCCGAGCGAACGCUUUCAACCGGCCACCAGCACCGAGCUUCGAUUCCAUCAUCCCCCUAACGAGCUGGUGUCAACCGGAAACGAAUACGCGAAUACCAAUAUCUUGGUAUCGGGCUGCGCGACCAGUCCAUUUUCAUCAGAGACGUUCCCCUCACCGCCAUCACCGGCACCAGCGAACGACCGUUUCGUUCCACCGCCGCCUCUGUCACCCAGCCCAAGCGAGAAAUAUGCCUCGACCCAGAGUCUGGCUGGUUAUCCUGCUGCUGAUAGGAUUCUGCCCCCAGGUUCUCCAAGCACCAGAUAUGGCAGCGGCACGGCACCAGCUUCACCGAUGCCAACUAAAGAACGAUUCUCUUCGGCGGAACGACUACUGGCCAAUCAACAAUCGUCGAGUUCCAUGCACGAGCCCAAGGAUCAGCAACGAUACGCUGGAACCAGUGAUCGCCUGCUGUCCGGAUCGUCGCCGGUGCUUGGAAGUCUACAAGCCAGUCUACAAGGGGACAGGGUUGGUAUAUAUACCACGAGCAAGGAUUCGACCGGAUCGAGAUACGGCGCCAUUUCGACGGACCGAUUACUUUCAUCGUCACCUAUACAUGCCCCAGUGCCAGAGAGGUUCGCCAGCAAGUCGACCGAUCGGUAUCUCGGCGAGUCGCCUGUACACGAACGAUACCAUCGACAGGAAGCGACAGCAGCCAUUCACCACGAUCGUUACUCGACGAUAUCGUCCAGCGCCGAAAGAUUCCUCUCCAAUUCACCUAAUCCCGAGGCCUCUCAUCAGCGUUACACGUCGACGGAGAGGUCACUGCAGGUGUCGUCUAGCAGCAACGAACAGAGACGUCUGUAUACCGAUCGAGGCGUCGAAACGGUCUGUCAGAAGUAUACAGACAGGUCCAGCGGAUCCCCCGCGCCCACCGACUUCAACAGAUACUCCACAUUCCAGGAGGUUGGAAACACCCAGUCCAGAUAUGUCAGCACCAACGAUCGUUUCAACGAUCUCGCGAUACAGCGCUGCGGUCAGUCGCGAGCAAACGAUCGAUUCUGUGUAUCAAACGAUCGUUAUCUCGCCAGUUCGUCACCAGGACACGAUGGAAGACUGGCUAACAGCGAUGCGACCAGGUACGUCGUCUCGGGAUCAUCGACGGAACGUCUGCUCUCCGGGACAUCCUCUUCGUCCUCUUCUUCGACCGACACGGUCGCCCGGUAUCACUCCUCCUACACGAACACGGCAGCCACCCAGUCCACCACUUCCAAUGAUCGUUUCACCUCCGUCUCUCCCACUCCUGAAACAGCCAAUACCAAUCUGCGGUCAGCAACAGGAACUGGAACAACCGGUGGCGCAGGGAGUUCCGGAUAUCAGGGUACGACAAAAAGCGGCGUCGACAAAUAUCUUCAGGUGUCAAAGUCUGUGCAGAGCUACGGGAACGAUCGCUAUACCAAUCCAGGCGAUCAGUUCGACAGGCUCAGCCAGGAUCGUUACGACAGAUUCGCCAAUCCUGUCAGCACCACGGAUCGCUUCACACCUUCGUCCGGUACUCCUGAUCGCUUUCAUUCUGCUACUGAUCGAUACUCUCCUGUACGCGCCGCGGACAAGUAUCUAUCCUUGCCGAAACCCAAGGAUCGAUACACCGGUCGCAUAACACCGAUCUCGUCUUGUGGUACUUCGGUGGUUGCCACGUCGACCGAUCGAACUUAUGGCUCGACUAGCGCAACGGGAAGCUACGUUCCGCCAACCGCGCACACGCCUGUCGAACGAUACGUGCCUCAACCACCUCCGGAGGUUCUCUACCCGGACAGAUAUGUCGACAGAUACGUACCACCUUCUGCACACACGCCUACCGAUCGUUAUGUGCCGACCAACGAUCCAGGUGAUCCAUACAUGAGACGAGAUCUUGGAUUCCAUCAUCAUUAUCGGCUACCACCGCCUGCCGGCUACCCAUACCAUCAGUCUCAUUUCCGACUUCGCGGUUUCGCGUACGCAUCACCAGGUCGCCUCGGUGGUAGCCCGGGUUCCAGUAGUUCGAGUAGCUCGGCAUCUAAUCAGAGAGAUGGCUUCUCAAUGUCCCCGCUGCUCAGACCCAAGGUCCGUGCCUCUGCGGUCGAGUUCCCGACAUCGUCUACUGGAGUUGUUGGUCGUCACGUGUGUACUAACCCACCAUCUUGUUGCAACGAAGUAUCUGCAAAUGGAAGAGCCUGUUGUCAGGCGAUUAGAAGGUCUCUGCCGCCGGGGGCGUUACCGUCGAUACCCACGCAAUCUUCCUGAUAUCACUCCGCGAAGAGAAAUAUGGAUGAACGUGGUAGAAAAAAAUCAUUGGACUGCAGGAUCCAAUAUGAUGCUGAAGCUUUACAAAAGAGACAAUACAGGCCAAUACAAAGUAAUUUAAUAGAAGAAGUGCAUGCCGUGAAAUUUUUGUUCUCUCGUGUAGAAAGUUUUUGAUAAAUUCCUUCGUUUUUAUAUUUCAUUGAUGUUGAAUAUUAGUUUGCUGUGUAAUAUACCUGCGAAUAUACCCAAAAUUGAUCGUUUGCGAGAAGAAUAUUAAAAGCUAAUAAGGUGAA